AUGAAUAAAAGAAGACUAACUCCUUCUCUUUUCAAGAGGAAAAUACGCAAGCUUCAUGAUGCUUGAGAGUCCCAGAACUCUUAUGAGUUUGGAAGCGUCAAGAUUAGCAGCAAAUUUGACACAGGAAAUAUAAUUGAUGUGAAGCAGGUUAGCGAAAGGAACUUUAUUAUGACAACUGUGAGUGAUGGAGAACCUUUUAAAUAAGACUAACUCUAAAGCAUGGUAUCAUUUCUCAAUUACCGGGUUUGAGACAGGUAAGCCUUAUUUUACCUUUAGGUCAAAUUUAUAACUUCUGUCUAUAAAAAUGCCCCAUGGGCCCGGAUUAUACAACAAUGGGCUCAAACCUGUAUUUAAAAUAGUUCCUGAAGAUGAGAAAUGGAAGUUUAUACCUGAAGAUAUCAGAUUUGAUAGGAAUGAUACCGUAUCUUUGAUCCAAUUUAGAUAUCAAUUUGAUUGAAGUUCUACAUCCGUUGUCCAUUUUUGAUACAGUUUCCCCUUUGGAUAUGAAGAUGUUUGCAAACAAAUGGGUGAACUUCAGGAAAGACUUAAAGAUCAUGAGUCAAUAUACUUUCUCAGAGAGCUAGCAGGGUAUUCUUUGGAGAGAAGAAAAAUUGAACUUAUUACAAUAACUGACCAUUCUCAGAAAACAGAGGAGAGAGAACCAUUUAUUAGGAGGUUAUUUCCAUCUUGAAAGAAUCGUAAAACUUGUAAAAGAGGAUUUAUUUUCUCAAAGCCAACUAUUUUCUUUAGUUCAAGAGUACAUCCUGGCGAGGUAGCUGCAUCUUUUGUUCUAAAUGGUAUCCUUGAGAUUCUCACUGAUCCUGACAAUGAGUAUGGAAAACUCCUGAGAAAAUAACUUUGUCUUCAAAAUAAUACCCUUGCUCAAUCCAGAUGGAGUUUAUCGGGGUUAUUAUAGACAAGAUACAAUGGGGAAUAACCUAAACCGAUUUUACAAGGAUCCAAAAUAUGAAGAACAGCCUUCCAUUUAUUUUGCCAAGCAAAUAAUCAACCAGUUGAAUAAGACGAGCAAACUUGUGUUGUACAUUGAUCUACAUGCUCAUGCUUCUAGGAAAGGCUGCUUUAUGUUUGGCAAUUCUCUUAACAUUAUACAUCAACAAGUCGAAAACAUGGCUCUCCCGAAGGUAAUCUCUCUGAACAGUAUUGACUUUGAUUUCUCUCAAUGCUCAUUUGCUGAGGCAAACAUGAAAGUGAAGGAUAAGUCUACUGGCUUGACUAGAGACGGAUGAGGAAGAGUUGCCAUCUGGAAUGACACAGGAAUACCCAAUUCAUAUACUCUUGAAUGUCAUUAUACUAUUGGGCUUAAGAAUAAUACUCUCACUGAUAUUGUUGAUGUCAAGACUGGGGAGGUAGUCCAGAAAGCAGAAGAUGAUAAGGAGCAAACAGAUCCAAAUCUUGUAAUGGCAGGCACUAAAGAAAAUCCAUAUACUGUUGAAUCGUUUAUGCAGAUUGGUAAGGCAGUCUGCGUCGGUAUUUUAGAUUAUUAUGAGCUCAAUACAAGCUCUAGAAUUCCUUCUUCCGAGUUUGGGAGUAUGAAAAAUAUCCGCUUAGAAAUGCGAAAAUUGAUUGAAGAACGCAAGAGAAUAGCACAAAUUAAUGAAAAAUAAUGCAUAUAACAGACUUUAUUAUGGUGGAAAUAAUAAAAGAAAAGACUCAAGCUCAAGGAAGGCAGAUGCACUUCCACCUCUAUCUGGUAUUCCUAAUCAAAAAUGUGAUGAGAUAUCAUUCCGGAACAACUUUAAUUCUUACCCUGAAAUGAAGAACAAGACGACCCUAUCAAGCAAAGUUUUGCUAAAUGAUAUCUUAAUUACUCCUGAUGUGAAUAUUCCUGUAAGGAAUGCUUUUAGAGGGUCAUCAUCAGUGAUGAAAAAGAGGAAGAGGAAUAAAAAGCUUAACAUAAAUCCUCCAAAAAUCCCUGAACUAAAAUCACCUGUAAUCACUCCGACACAUUCGGAUAUUGAGGAGAUCAUGAAGCAGUAUCAAGAUUUGCCAAAAGCAGUCAAAUUGAAGCUGAAGCGAAAAACCUCAAAGUCAUUGAUCAAGAAGUCUACUGUGAAGGCAGCUUUGGGCAAAAAGAUGUUCUAUACCAAGGCAGUGUUGCGGAAGAAGUCUUCUAAACCCAAGCACAAGAUUUAG